GCAGCGUCUCCUCGAUCGUUCCCUGCGUCUGACCCUCCUUCCUUCGCCGGCAAGGCAGAGCAAAUCGAAGCGAGGCAAGGCACGCUGACGCCUGAGCUGGAGCAGGAGCGCUCGGUGGCUGGAGACGCACAAGGCAGAGGGCACCACUGGGGCAGCAGCUGAGUACUCCUGCCGGGCCGGGCCGGUGCGGCUGCUGGGAGCCCCGGGGGGGGAUGGCGGACGGGACUUCAUGUGUCCUUCCUUCGGGCUCGCCCCGGCCCGGGGCCCCCAGUGUCCUGCCGCAAGAAGAAGGUGCUGCGGCCGCUAUAGAAGCUCCGGAUGACCUGAGCUCGCCACGUUCAGUUUCGGGCAGCUCGGCGGGUACCAGCCGCGACAACUCGGCCGAGAGGGACCCCUUAGUCCUGGCCAAGGCUGCCCCUGCCGCUGGCAUUAUGAAGGAUGGAUCCCGCCAGCGCCGUAUGCAGCCCCAGAAGAAGAAGAAGACAGUCUCCUUCAGCACCAUGCCUAGCAAUCGGAAGCUCAACAGCACAGCCGCCUGCAUCUCUUUCAUGCUGGAGGGCUGUGAGAUGAAGAAAGUGCGCUCUAACUCUCGCAUGUACAGCCGGUUCUUUGUGCUGGACCCAGACCUACGUUUCAUGCACUGGGAACCUUCCAAAAAGGACUCUGAGAAAGCCAAAAUUGAAAUCAAGUCAGUCAGGGAAGUGCGAGUUGGGAAAAAGACUCCCGUGCUGCGUUCCAAUGGCCUUUCAGACCAGUUUCCAGAUGAAUGUGCAUUCUCCAUAAUCUAUGGAGAGAACUAUGAAUCCCUUGACCUUGUGGCAAGCUCUGCUGAUGUGGUGAACGCAUGGGUGAUGGGGCUGCGAUAUUUGGCCUCAUACGGGAAGCACACUCCGGAUGAGGCUCCUGAGACUGGUUACCCAAAUCCCCGCACCUCCUGGAUCUCUUCUGUCUUUGACAUUGCAGAUCUAGAAAAAGAGGGUCAAAUCCCAGUUUCUCGUGCUGUGCAGCUCAUUCGUGCUCUUAACCCUGGCAUGAAGGCCUCAACAAUUGAGUUGAAGUUCAAAGAGCUCCAGAAAGCAGCCAGUGAGCGACUUGGAGAGGAGGUGAACUGUCAAAUCUUCAUAAAGGCAUACUGUGAGCUAUGUACCAGGCCUGAAGUAUUUUUCCUCUUGGUUCAAUUUUCCAGCAAUAAAGAAUACAUGGGUCUGAGGGAUCUGAUGAGUUUUUUAGAGGCAGAGCAGGGUAUGGAGGAAGUAACCGAAGAGAUGUGCAUGGAGAUCAUUGCCAAAUACGAGCCAUCCAAGGAGGGUCGGGAAAAGGGCUACUUGGCCAUUGAUGGCUUCACUCGCUACCUCCUUUCAGCUGAUUGUGACAUAUUUGACCCACAGCACCGGAAGGUGUGCCAGGACAUGACUCAGCCACUUUCCCAUUACUUCAUUAGCUCUGCACACGGAGCAUGCUUGGCUGAGGACAGUUGCUUCUGGGGAGGCUCCACCUCAGAUAUUGGGGGUUAUGUGGCAGCCCUUAAGGCUGGUUGCCGUAGCUUGGAACUUGUGGUUUGUGAUGGUUCAUCUGGUGAGCCUGUGGUAGGUGCAGGGAGCCGUUUGGCCUUCUCCAGGGUAGUGGCUGCUGUUGCUGAACAUGCCUUUGAGUCCUCCAAGUUUCCACUUAUCCUGUGUCUCUCAGUGCGCUGCUGUGUUGCCCAGCAGAGACUUGUGGCUGAGUAUCUAAGGAAGUCUUUUGGGGAGAAGCUGUACUUGACACCUCCAAACCCAAAUGAAAUCUAUUUGCCAUCUCCAGAAAAACUCAAGGGAUACAUCCUCAUAAAAAGCCGGAAGCUUCUUCCAAACUGUCAGUCAAGUGAGGGAGAUGUAUCUGAUGAUGAUGAGGCCUUGGAGCUAGGCCUCCCACUUUCUGAACGGGACAGAGACCAUCCCCGCUCCCAACGCAUCUUGUGCCGUGAACUUUCAGAUCUCGUCAGCCUGUGCCAGACUGUGUCUUUCCAAACCUUUGAGACCUCUCGGCGGAGCCAGUGUUAUUGGGAGGUGUGUUCUUUCAGCGAGGUGGAAGCGGGACGUUAUGCCAAUGAGGAGCCAGAGGACUUUGUGGCCUACAACAAGCGCUUCCUGUCACGUGUUUAUCCGAGCCCCAUGCGCAUUGAUGCUAGCAACAUGAACCCUCAGGACUUCUGGAAAUGUGGCUGCCAGAUGGUGGCCAUGAAUUACCAGACACCUGGUCUCAUGAUAGAUCUGAAUGCCGGCUGGUUCCGCCAGAAUGGGGGUUGUGGCUAUGUCCUCCGCCCAGCAAUUAUGCGUGAGGAGAUCUCUUAUUUCAGUGCAAACACCAAGGACACAUUACCUGGCAUUUCGGCCCAACUAUUGCAUCUCAAAGUCAUUAGUGGUCAGAAUCUGCCUAAACCCAAAGGAUCUGGAGCCAAGGGAGAUGUCGUAGAGCCAUACGUCUGCGUUGAAAUGCAUGGCAUUCCUGCUGACUGUGCAGAAAAGCGCACCAAAACUGUCCUUCAGAGUGGAGAUAACCCUGUUUUUGACGAGACCCUGGAGUUUCAGGUUAAUCUCCCUGAACUAGCAAUACUCCGGUUCAUGGUGCUUGAUGAUGAUUAUAUUGGAGAUGAGUUCAUUGCUCAAUAUACCAUCCCCUUUGAGUGUCUCCAGGCUGGCUAUCGUCAUGUGCCUCUUCAAUCUGUGGCUGGUGAACCACUCCCCAAUGCUACUUUGUUCGUGCAUGUGGCCAUCACCAACCGGCGGGGAGGAGGCAAAGCACACCGACGGGGGCUCUCAGGGCGUAAGGGACGGCACAUGCGGGAAUACACAUCCACUAAGGCCACAGGAAUCAAGGCCAUUGAUGAAGUAUUUCGCACAGCUACGCAGCCAUUGCGGGAAGCAACAGACCUGCGGGAGAACAUGCAGAAUGCCUUGGUCUCCUUCAAAGAACUGUGUGGUCUAACACCAGCCGCCAACAUCAAACAAUGCAUCUUGAAGCUGGCCACGUGGCUUCAGCCCAGCGAGAAGGACAAUCCCCCCGCGGUUACCCUCAACCUGGGUGAAGAGUAUCCUUCAAUGGAGACCCAGGGGCCUGUUCCUGAACUCUUGAGAAAAGUACUUGCCGCCUAUGACACUAUGAUCCAAACCAGUCGGACAUUAAUUGAAUCAGCUGAUUCUGUUCAUGCCAAAAUUAUUCAGGUGCAACAAGCAGGGAUGGGCUUUCAUAAAGAAUUGCACCGUUUGGAGGCAAAGGAAGGUCUGAAAGGACGAAAGUUACAAAAAGCUCUGGAAAGUUUUGCCUGGAAUAUCACCGUUCUCAAGGGCCAAGGUGAUCUGCUCAAGCACUCCAAGGCUGAAGCACUAGAUACGCUAUGGCAAAUCCACAAUGCAGCCCAGUCGUGUGGCAUUGGACGGAAUGGAGCUGCCUCUCCUGACCUCUUCCGCAACCGAGCUGUUCUUGACCCCAUUCCAGAAGCUGAAGGAGCCUGCGAGCCAGGAUCUUGCUGACUGGAAAUGGCUUGGACUAUGGAAACCAGUGGGAUUUGUGGACAUAGAUUGCCAUAUAUACACUUAGACAAUGCGGCAGAUGCUUACAUGGAGUAAGGGUUGUCUUCGACCCUGGGAAGGCAAAUGAGAAAAUGUCAAACAAUUUGCAAAUAUUAGUGUCUAUAACGACAGGGAGGACCUCCCUUAUUGCAAGAUUU